AUGAGCUUGGGCCACGGUGUUGGUGGUCGAGCUAGGCCAGACCACGGUGUUGGUGGUCGAGCUGUGCCAGACCGCGGUGUUGGUGGUCGAGCUGUGCCAGACCGCGGUGUUGGUGGUCGAGCUGUGCCAGACCGCGGUGUUGGUGGUCGAGCUGUGCCAGACCGCGGUGUUGGUGGUCGAGCUGUGCCAGACCGCGGUGUUGGUGGUCGAGCUGUGCCAGACCGCGGUGUUGGUGGUCGAGCUGUGCCAGACCGCGGUGUUGGUGGUCGAGCUGUGCCAGACCGCGGUGUUGGUGGUCGAGCUGUGCCAGACCGCGGUGUUGGUGGUCGAGCUGUGCCAGACCGCGGUGUUGGUGGUCGAGCUGUGCCAGACCGCGGUGUUGGUGGUCGAGCUGUGCCAGACCGCGGUGUUGGUGGUCGAGCUGUGCCAGACCGCGGUGUUGGUGGUCGAGCUGUGCCAGACCGCGGUGUUGGUGGUCGAGCUGUGCCAGACCGCGGUGUUGGUGGUCGAGCUGUGCCAGACCGCGGUGUUGGUGGUCGAGCUGUGCCAGACCGCGGUGUUGGUGGUCGAGCUGUGCCAGACCGCGAUGUUGGUGGUUGA